CUGAAGAAACUGUUUUGCAGUAAUCUGUUGAUCAAAUAUACAGUAUCUCCCACAGCCAUGGGUGUGAGGGAAGAUUGUAUAAAUGGUAGGACGAAGACGUGGGAGCCUGAAGGCAGGAAGUAACACUGAGAAGUGCAACUAGUGACUAAUGCUGGGCUGUCUAUGAACAGUCAUUUUUAUAUACUGUACUUAUUUCCUAUCUUCUUCCUAGUUAGACAGGUGCAUCAGCAAAUCAUACUCCCCCUGUGUGGGUGAACAGAAGUAAGCUGGGAUUGCGUCUCUGCUGACACCUCCGCAGAUUCAGCGUGAAGCAGGGAGAGAGAAACACAGACAUGCAGACAGAAUUAACAGAAAGAGGAGGACAGAGGGAGCAAGAGCGAGGCAGAGAGUGAGAGAGAGAAGAGUGAAAGGGACAGAAGAUAUAUUUGACUGUGUGGGUGUGUGAAGAAUCAAGGCAUGCAUCAUAAUUGUGGAUUCUUCUUGGAGCAGCUGGACAAGUCACUGCAUCGGCAGGACGUUAUUGCUCUUUCGAAGUGUGUGAUUUUGCACUUUAAAACAGUGGGAGCGCUGAGCUCAUACAGCGACAUUGUCAACGACAAAAUGGAAACCGCUUUGUUUUUGCUGCCUCGAGGAUCACACUGACUGGGAUUACAAAAACACUUUGUUGACUGAAGAGAUGCUGAAAAUGACAUACGGGAAAUUAUGAUACUUCAGCGCUUUCAGUAAUCAAGAAGUCAAAGAACUUUAUCUGAGAUGGCCGUCAGCCCUAUCGUCAUCUGCCUCCUGACACUUGUCGGCUAUGGCACCUCCCACCCCUCUCCUCCUCCUCGGGGAUGCAGCGUGGACGUGGACCCUCCCUACAGAGUGCUGUGUGACCUGGAGUCAGCCUGGGGAGUUGUUCUGGAGGCUGUGGCCUGCAGCGGUGGCCUCACCUCGCUGGUCCUCGCUGUGUUGCUGAUAGUCAAGCUGCACUCCAUUUCCGACCCUGCCAGGCGCUCCGGACUGGGGCCUCUGCUCCUGCUUUUGGGCACUCUCCUUGGGCUUUUUACCAUCUCUUUGGCUUUCCUUGUGGGGAAAAACCAGGCGCUCUGUGUGGUUCGCAGGGCCUUCUGGGGACCUCUUUUCGCUCUCUGCUUCUCCAGCUUGCUAGUGCAAGGGGUGAGGCUCAGGAGGCUGGUGGCUGGAAAGAUGAGCCCGACGGGCAGCACCCUGGCAGCACUUGGUCUGGCCUUGGCUUUGGUUCAGGGGAUAAUCUCUGCUGAGUGGGUCUUGCUGACUGUAGUCAGAGAGGGUCAUCCAGCCUGCGAAUAUCCGCCUUUAGACUUCGCUCUGACAUGCAGCUACACUUUGGGGCUGCUCCUCAUAGCCAUGGGUCUGUCUCUGGGGGUGAUUCUAUGUGGAGGAGAGUUGGCAGCAGAAGGAGGUAGUAAUGAAGAAGAUAGAGAAGGCGAAAGUGAAAAGCGGAGAUGGAAGUGUAAUGCCGUCUGGCUCUUUCUGUCCAGUCUGGCAUCAGCAUUGCUAUGGGUGGCCUGGCUGGGCUUUUAUCUUUAUGGCAGCCAAGCGCUGAGGGGAAAGGGGAAUAGAGAAAGGGGAGGAGGAGGAGGAGGAGGAAAGAAGGACGGAAAAGUGUUGGAUGAGCCUGCGCUCGCCGUGGCCUUGGUCAUUCAGGGCUGGAUCCUGCUGCUGCUCCAUGCUAUACCAGAGGCGCAUCUAUGUCUCCGGAAUCCUCCACAGUCCAACACGCAAGAUUUCUUUGAUACCAGUCACACGUCUCCUCCUCCACAUUUUGGCGAUGAGCUCCCUGCACACACUCACCGACCCUUCCCAGAAAACCAAGGCUUUUCACUGGAGGAGCACAGUGCAAGUAGGCCUCUCCGAAGUGGAACAUACCACGGCAGCCAUGGGAGCAUGCGGCCUGGAAUCGCCUUCAGAGGGCAUGUCUACCAACCUACUGAGAUGGCUUUGGUCAUGAACGGUGGUACGAUGCCCACGGCCCCGGUCAACUACACUGGACGACGGUUGUGGUAACUUGGAUUGAGACGCAAGGUUACACAAAGAGGUUAUUACGAAGAAUUUCCUGUUGCCUACAAAGAAGGAUAUAAUCGAAACAACACAUAUCAUAUUGGGUUACUCAAUUUAGCUACUUAAUGUGAGAUAGAUAUGUUUAAUGUGUAUUUGUUUCAGACGCACAUGUAUGGCUUUCACAUUCUAAAAACCAAUAGCAUUUCUGCUUCAAUGUUCUUGCCUUUUUAUCGCCAGACUGGACAUGAAAUCAGAGUGGACUGAAGAGACAGUGAAGGAACGUUACUUAGAGUGCAUUCCUUUAAUCAGCACAUGCAAUCUCAAUUGUACUUAAUGAAAAGAGUGGAGAGGGAUGUAUAUUGGAGGAGGAUACUUGAGCGAACUGAAAUGAUGAUCUGAAUGUAGUGACGUGGUGGACAUUGAACCAUUUUUGCCCUUACAGCUCUAAAUCAGUGCCGUUCGUCAUCAAUGAUGCUUGCUUCAUAAAACUGCAUAUUCCAUCUUUUCCUGUUCGGCUUCAAGCCACAGCUCAGAAAUGAAGCCUUUAGGAUGUUUAUGUAAAUUACCUGCAUACGCCCACAGAGUUUGCUUAGCCUCUGUAUUUUUAUGCUGGAAAGCCCAAAGGACGCUGAUUUAGCUUUUUCUCUCUAUCUAUCUCCAUUUCAGUGUCAGUGCUGUUGGACACGUUGGCACAUCUCGUCAUGUGUAUUCAUAAAUACCAUGUAUUUAGCAGAGCUUUUGCAGGGUUGCGGAGGACUUUUAGGUGGAUUUAAAAUGUGAAUGAAAGGUCUCAACUCAUGGAUAGUUUUUUAAACGAGAAUACAUUUUUAAUAUCAUAAAAGCCAUUAAAUACUGCAAUACUAAUUCUGCAGUAAGUCGGAGGCUGUGGUUUUGCACUUUAUCAGCGCUGAUUACGUCUGGGAUUUGCGAUAUCUAAAAUUAUUUGAGAUGCAUGUAAAAGCAGAGUUUAACGGUAAUGUAUUUUGUCAUAAAUGUGUGUGUGUUUUCUAGAAUUUUGAUAUUUAUAUUGGUGGAAAUUACCUGUUGUAGUUUUCAAUUUCAACACUGACCCUUGUUACUGGACACAGCUACAUAAAAAGAUAUUUCAGCCAAUAUGGACCAGAAAUCAGUCAGAAAAAUGGACAUUUUCUGGACAACUGAGCAAAUCCCAUCUGCCAAGGGAGCCAAUGUAAGAUGACUAAAAGCUGCUGAACAGCUGAUAUACACCCUGUGGUCAGACUGUUUUGUCAGCUAGUUUGUGGGUGUUUUUCUGCAUGUUUUUCCAAGGUUACUCUGGAAUAAAUAAGGCUACUGACUUAUUAUCAUCAUUUUGUUCAAGAUAUAGAGCAGCAUCUUAAACAGCGGCAACAGAAGUAUCUGGAAAAUAGGGUAGUUGCUGUUAUUAACUGCUAAAUAGUCAUUAAACAUACCCAGUGGAAGAAGUAAGUGAAUCGUUUCGAUCUGAUAACUGGUUGAACCUAUGUACUUUAGCAGCACUAACCUCAAAUAAGCAUAGCAUUUGGAGAACAACUUUGCACAUUACUUGGAAAAAGUUUAGGAACAUUCUAGAUAGAUAGAUAGGUAGAUAGAUAGAUAGAUACUUUAUUCAGGAAAUGACCGCAGUGCAGUUGCUUCCUGACAGGGAGGCGUCACAGAUUCGUAUGACCUCCUCAACUUGGACAAUUUGGACAGCAGCCUGUCACUGAACAAGCUUCUCUGUCUGACUAUGAUGGUGGACACUGAUCAUGAUGGAGUUUGCUCAAGGGCUUUGCCUCCACCCCUGACGUCACGAACUCCAGCUCUGCUCCUACCACAGAGCCCACCUUAUGUAUCAGUUUGUCCAGCCGAGAGGUGUCUUUGUAUCUUAGUGAGGUCUUAGUGCUACCUCCGAAGCACUUCACAACGUAGAAGAAGACACUAGUGACAAAAGUCUGGUAGAACAUGUACAGCAGCUUCUGGCAAAUAUUAAACAACCUCAGCCAUCCUGACUUCAUAAGAUGCCAUGAUGAUCAAUUUGGCGAACUGUCCAGGCCACCCCAGUUCAUGAUACUUCCUCCUCCAUGCUUCGUCUUCUGAUGGUGUUUUAACGUGCACCAUUCUCUUUAAACAACGGUAGUGCUUUUGCACUUUCUGCUCUUAGUUUUUUUUAGUCCGCAGCAGUUUUUCCAAAUACAGUUUUGAUAUUUCAAAGUGCUUUGUGGCUGACAUCAGGAGUGAGGAUUUUAUAAAUAAAAUUACACCGAAAUUUAGAUCUUUCCAAAGGGUUUUCUUACUUUUUCUUCAGGCACUUAGGAUCAUUUUAAAUUCCAUCAACUAAAACGAAACCGUUUAGUUCUUCUUUGCUGUGAAUGUAUACUGUUUUUAUAAUAACACUGAAAAGUUUUGCUUCAAGUCCAAACUGAAUGCUGGAUUGCUGCAGCUGCUGAAACACAUAUAAACUCUGAGGCAAAGCAAAACAGGAGAAAAUUCUACUACUUUGCAACAGUGAGUUCGAUCAAGGACGCUUCGACCAGUUAAAAUGUAGUUGCAAAGCAGCUAUCACAUUUAUAUUGUGACCAUUUCUUCUUGCUAUAACAUAACUAUAUUGUCAACAAUUUAGCUUUUGUGUACAAGUUUGCGUUCUGAUUAUACAAUGAAAAUAUGAUCAUUGUAGGGAUUUUAUGUAAUAAGCCUGUAUAACUGAUUUUAAACAUGUACUGUAAAUGUUGGAAACGUGAAAAAGCACUGGUAUUUCCCUUGAUGCUCUUAUGAUGACAGUCACUGUUUUAUGGCAGCGUAACCUGAAUGUCUGUAAUGUGAUUUGCACAAAGUGGCUAAUACAUCAGUGCACAUUUUCUGUUAAA